AGGAGGAUGCGGUUGGAAUGAGGUUGAAAGAGAGCACAAAAUAAGCGUGGCUUCGAUUUUCGGCAUGGGUGGUAUAGGCAAAACAACUCUUGCUAGAAAGGUAUAUCACCAUGGAAGAUUGAAGGAUUAUUUUGAAGGUUUUGCUUGGGUUUGUGUGUCACAACAAUGGCAACCAAACGAUCUCUUGCAAGGCAUUCUACUCAAGCUUAUACCUGAACAGAGCGAUCAGAUAAUGAAGAGCAAACAAGAUGGGCUAGAAAGGCUGCUUCAACAGCACUUGCAAGAUAAUAAAUGAUAGUCCUGGACGACCUUUGGUCAACGGAAGCUUGGGAUUGUCUAAAAGACGUAAUCCCAGUUUCGGAGGAUGGAUCCAAAAUUUUGCUCACAACUCGUAAUGAAGACGUGGCAGCAUAUGUUGGUCCAAAUGGUUAUCACCACAAAGUGCUUUGUUUGACCGAGGAAGAAAGUUGGGAGUUGCUACGAAAGAAAUCAUUGUGGAAGAGUAACGGUGCAGGUUGUGAAGAUUUGGGCAAGAUGGAAGAGUUAGGAAAGAAAAUGUUGAAUAACUGUAGAGGUCUUCCACUGGCUGUGGUGGUUUUGGGUGGAAUUCUUAGAACUAAAAAAACCCUCAAGGAAUGGAAGGAAGUGCAUGAGAAUAUCAAAUCUUAUCUGGCUAGGGGAGAAAAAAUUGGAAAAGAAGGAGAGGUGCCAAAGAUUUUAGCUUACAGUUACUAUGACCUCCCUUGGCUACUAAAACCAUGCUUCCUUUACUUGGGUAAAUUCAGGGAAGAUUCCGACAUUAGAGCGGAGAGUUUAUAUCAAAUGUGGAUGGGAGAAAGUAUGAUAUUUGAGAAUGAUAGAAGGGAGCAAGAAACGAUGAUGGAUGUUGCAGAGCGUUACUUGAAAGAAUUAGCAAUAAGAUGCAUGGUUGAAAUUAAAGCAUAUGAGGAGGGGAAGCAUGCAGUAACAAAGUUGGAGUCAUGUCGUCUUCAUGAUCUUAUGAGAGAUCUAUGCUUAGACAAGGCAAAAGAGGAGAAUUUGUAUAAGCUGGUCGAUCGAAGUCCUUCACAAGAUUCUCCUCCUACAACUGAAGCACAGUAUGGUUUAGUCCUUCGUUUGCUUCCAGAGGAUGUCUCUCAAUACAACUUUCCGCCAGAAGAACAAACUAAGCAUCUUUGCUCAUUCCUGUGUGAUCCGUUGGCAGGCAAAGGGCAAUUACCUAUUCCAGGGGUGAGAAUAAUGUCCCAAGUCAAGAAUUUGAAGAUGCUCAGGGUUUUGGCAAUGUUAUCCUUCAACAUGGCCUCCCAAAGUUGUUAUCUCAAAUCACCUCUGGGAUAUGUCGGUAAGCUUAUCCAUUUGAGAUGUUUGAGAUUGAGAGGUCAAAGUAUAAACUUGCCAUAUUCCUUGGGCAAUUUAAAGUACUUGGAAACUCUCGAUUUGUCUGGUAGUGAUAAUUCUUGUAGAAUACCAAACGUCCUAUGGAAAUUGGAACGUUUUAGAUAUCUUUAUCUUCCGAAUUGGUGGUUGGGCCCUCAGCCUAAGCUGCGGUUGAACAAGCAGCUGGAGAUACUUGAAUCAUUCGAUAACAAAUUUUGCUAUCCUGAAGAUGUAUGCAAAUUAUCGAAUCUCAGAUCUUUCAAAGCAAAUGUGUUUAAAAAUCUCGAGGACCUGGAACACAUCAUCAAUCAUAUAUCAAACUUGGACUGCUUGAGCAUCAGCUCACUUAAAAUCUAUGACUUUGAUUUUGGCAGCAACAGGGGUUUGGAUGUUCUUUCAAGGGUGUUGUUUAGUAGGAAUAUUCAUGAAUUAGAGAUCAGGAAUAGUUUAUGCAAGAAGUUGCCAGAUUACCAAUCCCAGACGGUUCCUCACCCUGCAGGACUUACUCAAUUAAGCCUGACUUAUAGCGGAAUUGAGGAAGACCCAAUGGCAACACUCGAGAAGCUUCCUAAGCUAAGAAUACUGGAACUUGGGCCAAAAUCUUUUCUGGGCCAAGAAAUGCGCUGCCACUCGAUGGGAUUUCCCCAACUAAAAGAUCUCAUGCUUUUUGGUUUGGGUAACUUAAUGCAGUGGAAAGUGGAUGAGGGGGCCAUGCAUAAGCUCUCAGGUUUAUGGAUUGAGGACUGUACAACGUUGGAAAUGAUUCCAGAUGGGCUGAGAUGUUUGACCACGCUAGAAGAGGUCUCUCUAGCGGGCAUGCCUGAAGAAUUCAACAAUAGAGUUAGGAUCGAGAAUGGUCAACAAGGAGAAGAUUGUGAUAAAAUAAGCCACGUGCCUUCAGUUAAAAUCCACAGAAGGGUUAAAGGAGUAAUAGGUUAUCAAGUAGAAACUGUUUGUCCAAGCAAUCCUGUUUAACGAAGCCCUGGGUCUUUUCUUAAGAAAAUUCUACACUGAAUCUCCUGGCUUUCCCUGAUCUCAUCCGAUUCAAAUGUGAGCUUCUGUGUCGUAAGUUUCUUUGCACAUAGCAGCUGUUAUGGGACUCCAGAUGAUCUGAAACCAGCAUGACAAUGGCCAACAAGAUUGCAAGCUGGUUAGAUCUUCUUGUGUAGCUAGCAUUUGUAUGUAUUGCGAGCAUCUUUACUUAGCUAUUAGGGAAAGAUACGAAUUUGUUAUUUGAUCCUUCACUUUAGUGUUUGAUUAACAAGGAGAUAAUGUGUGAUUAUUUUUAGCUUUUGGUUUCGUUA